AUGGCUUCUGCAGUACAAGCUGUUAGAGAGAAAAAAAUGGGGUUUUUAAAGGCGGCAAAGACAUUUAAUGUACCGAGAACGACUUUAUUUCGGCUUGCAAAUCAAAAAGAACUUACUAUACCAGAAAUUCUUUCAAAAAAGAUAGGUCGCAAACCAGUUUUUGAUAAAGACUUUGAGGACAUGCUCGUUAGGUACGCCCUUAUUAUGGAAGCCAAGUUAUAUGGCCUAACACAAAUGGACAUAAGAAGAAUGGCCUACCAACUUGCAGAGAGAAAUAAUCUACCCAAUCCAUUUGAAGAUGGUAAAGCCGGCAGAUACUGGCUGAAGGGAUUUCUCUCAAGGCAGAAGCAGAUAUUAUCAAUGCGGAAGUCGUCUGGAACAUCAUUCGCUAGAGCCAAUGGGUUUACCAAGCAAAUAAUGAACGAAUUCUAUGACAAACUAGAAAAAGUUUACGAUACGAAAAAAUUUGCCGCAGAUCGAAUUUUCAAUGUAGAUGAGACGGGGUUAUCUAUUGUCCAAUCUAAAUUUCCUAAAGUAAUUUCUCGUCGUGGCAAAAAACAAAUUGCAGCCAUAACGUCCGCUGAAAGAGGUUCUCUGAUUACGGUAGUGACCUGUAUGAGUCCUGCUGGAAGUUUUGUGCCACCAAUGAUGAUAUUUCCCCGCAAAAAUAUGAGCGAGAUUUUAAUGAAGGGUGCGCCUGUGGGAUCUAUAGGACGAGCACAUCCAUCUGGUUGGAUACAAACACAUUUGUUUACCCAAUGGUUCCAGCAUUUUAUUGAUUACGUGAAACCAUCCGAAGCAUCACCAGUUCUUCUUUUGUUUGAUGGUCACUUUAGCCAUACAAAAAAUCUUGAAUUCAUAGAUAAAGCCAGAGAAAAUCACGUAACUUUGAUCUCGCUGCCACCACACUGUACCCACAAAAUUCAGCCGAUGGAUAAAGCUUUUAUGGGCCCUCUGAAGACAUAUUAUAGCGAAGAAAUCCGUAUCUGGUUGCGCGACAAUAAGAGACCCCUUACUUCUUACGAUAUUGCAGAACUAUUUGGCAAGGCAUAUCAUAAAUGCCAAACUGGGGAAAUUGCAGCCAAAGGUUUUAGCAUCGGUGGAAUUUAUCCAUUUGACAGAAACAUCUUCAAAGAGUCAGAUUACCUCGCAGCAGCUCAUGAUGAAGAAAAAUAG